AUGACCAGGCCACCCGCAGCACCAGUCAAUCCCCCGCCGCUGCCAUCGCCCGAACCUACAUACGAGAGCACACCCAUUACCUCAGCGCGGUCGCUGCAGCAGCUGUCGAUAUUUGUCUUUGGAGCUACCUGCUUACUAGCAUCUACCGCCAUUACUCGUCGAGCCGUCCACCGACGGCACCUCCGAAUUACGCCAAAGUUUUACGAACCGAAUACCAAUCCAUACGAGCACUUCAGUCCCUUCCAUGACGCGAUACAGGCCCUGAACCUAGCCACGAUGAAUUGCGUUAGCGCAGGAGUAAUGGGUCUGGGCGGAACACUAUGGGCGUUCGACAUCUCCGGCCUCAAAGAGGCGCAGGGUGUCUUGCGAGGUCGCUUGAACUACGAUACAAUAUACCAGUGUGGGGAGAACGUUCCUGAGUCGAUAGGAGACUUGCUCAAGGCAUCGAGAGAGACGUUGAAAAAGGAGGAGGGUGAAAACAGCAGUGGCGACACGUCACGGUAA